ACGAAAAAAUAUUUUAAAUAUCGCAGGCCUACAUAUCAUCGAUCUGGUCUUUAAAAUUAAUUUUCUUUCGCGCUUUUUUUCUCUUUUAAUGGAAACAGCAUGGACUUUCGAAAGCAUAGCUCGAAGCCAUAAUGCCUAUACCAACGCACUUGCCAUGCAUUUCAGUGAGUGUUAACAGUGAUCGUGAUUCUUUGAUAUCGCAAUACUUCUCUCAAGACAUGACAAAUCUUGAAAUAAUAUCUUUUCUUGCAAUUCAUCACAGUAUUUACAUAAGUUUGUGAACAUUGAAAAGAAGUUUAAGAAAAAUGGGCUUGAGACGACGCAUUGGUCAGUACGAGUCCAGAGAGGAAGUGAUUCAAGCGAUUUCAAGUGAAUUGACUGGAAGUGGAAAGUCACUAGGCUACAGAAAGCUGUGGAAGGCCAUAAAGGCAAACGGAAUACCAGCCAGAAGAUCAUCUGUCAUGGAAAUUUUAAGAGAGUUGGAUCCAGUAGGAGUUGAAAGUCGCGCAAAGAAACGGUUGAGGCGCCGAAUCUACAGUGUACCUGGGCCAGAUUUUUUAUGGCACUUGGACGGGCAUGACAAACUGAAGCCCUACGGUUUCAGUAUACACGGUUGUAUUGACGGGUUUUCCCGCCGAUUAAUUUGGCUCGAAGUUGGACCCACAAAUAAACGACCAGAAGUUGUUGCCAACUAUUUCUUAGAAGCUGUAACCCAGUUGAACAGACUACCUACUAGAAUAAGAAGCGACGACGGGACCGAGAACAGCAUAAUCGAGGCCAUUCAGAUAUGCAUGAGGGCUGAUCACACCGAUGAGUAUGCUGGUCUCGGCAGUUUCAUCGUGGGAUCCUCUCCGAACAAUCAAAGGAUUGAAUGUUUUUGGUCGCAGUUGGCCAAGGAUAGACCAAUGUGGUGGAGAGAGUUUUUUGCAGAGCUUUCUGGGAUGGGCUAUUUGGAUGGUGGCAAUGUAUUGAUUGCUCAAUGCGCUCGUUUUUGUUUUAUGCACUUGAUUCGAAAAGAUUUAGAUGAUAUGGCGGUGCGCUGGAAUCAACAUAUCAUUGCACCGAGCAGAGGUUCAACCCUACCACGCAGACGUCCAGAUACCUUACAUUUUAUACCAGAGCUAUACAAUAGCAAAUCAUACAAGAAAUUUGUUGACAUUAGUGACAUCAGCGAAUUCAACGAUCCUACAUUUGCUAUUGCUGUUGCAGACAACGAGCCUGAGUUUAUUGAAUUUGCAUACACAGUCCUUGCAAUGAAAGGACACCCAAAUGGACGUCCAAGUACAAUUCAGCAAGCCUUAGAAAUAUACUUUCUUUUACUUGAUGCUGUAGCAGAAUUUAUGUAG